ACGUUUAGACAUGUUAUUGAAAAAUUUCUCCGUUAUUGUUUAGCAUUAACUUUUACUUAUAAUAUAUAAAAAUUUUUACAAAAUGUUUUUUUUAAGAUUGUAUUCAAUUUGUGUAUUUUUUAUAGAUUUAUUAAAUUUUUCAAUAUCAGCAUUUUUUGAAACAAUAUCAUUUUUCAUUCAUAUAUUUAUACCUUCACGUAAGAAAUCUAUUAAAAAUGAAAUUAUACUAAUAGUUGGUGCUAGCAGAGGUAUUGGAAGAGCAUUAGCACAACUUACUGCCAAAUUAGGUGCUACAGUGGUGUGCCUUGAUAUAAAUAUUAAAGACAAUAAAUCGCUAGUUGAAGAAAUACGAAAUUUUGGCGGGAUUGCAUAUGAAUAUACUUGUGAUGUUACAUCUCAAGAAAAUGUUUCAAAUACAAUUGCAAAUAUCAAAAAAGAAUUAAAUACCAAUAUCACAAUGAUGUUUCAUUGCUGUGGUAUACCGAGCAUUAGAAAAUAUUCUACUCAACCACCUCCACUAAGGUCAACAAUGGAUUUGAGUAUAUUAUCACAUUUCUGGCUUUUAGAUGAAGUCUUACCAGAAAUGAAACAAAAUAAGCAUGGUCAUAUAAUAUUUUUAACAUCAGUUGCUGGAAUUAGUGGUAUUGAACGGCAGAUACCCUUAUAUGUUGCACAAUUUGCUGUAAAAGGCUUAUUUGAAUCACUCUUAGAUGAAUUAGCUAAAGAGAAAUUGAAUAAAAAUGUUCUAGUAACAUUAGCUCAUAUAUAUCCUUUUGUUGUUAAUAAAAAGGAUAAUCAUCAUGGUUUUUGGUCAAAUAUUCCAAAUUGGUUUGGGCAAAUUGAUACAGAAGAAGCAGCUAAAUUAGUAUUAGAAGAUGUUUUAAAAAAUCAUAUUGAAAUUAGUAUACCAAAAUAUGUUUUAUGGUUAUCACAUAUUGUAAAAUUACUACCCAGACGUAUUAUAUUAAUAUUUAGAGAAUUUUUAGAUACUGGUGUAGAUUUAGGUUAAAUAAAAACUAAAAAAAAUUAUUUAAUAAACUAUUAUGU